AUGGUCAUUAUCACCGUUCCACCCCCAGGGGACGACAUUGUCGACGUCCUCCCCGAAUCCAAUGCUGUAGAGAACAGCACCGAGACACUGCCAGGCAAUAGACAGCUCACGGUCAGCUUGCCCAGCCUUGAUCAUGACCACGGGUAUAGCCGCCCUGGCUCGAUCACCGUCGCCCACGGAAACACCAAAGAUGCCUUGACCCUCACCCUCAAUCGCACCAUCCGCGUUCCCGACAACCAGGAUAUCAAUGCACUACCGCCGUCCUGCGGUCAAUUCCCGCUCUACCGCGUUCGCGACUAUGCACGCAACCUCCCUGUCAACAUGGUUCAGAAGGGCGGGCUUUUCUUCCCCAUGUACCAGCGCGAGGCCAUGUGGAUUGCCUUUCACGCCAACCAUCCUUUUGCCAUCAAGAUCUACGUUGGCGGUGUCAAUGCCGUCUCGGGCUUCCCAAUGACGGAAAACGAUAAGACCCGCCAGAAGCGCGCUCGCAUGUUGCGCGCCUCGAAACAGAUCCAAGACUACAUGGUUGUCCCUGGUCAACCCUGGCUCGAUGGCAUCGUCUCCGAGGACGGCAAGAUUCGUCAGUUUGUCGCCCAGCCCAAGGGCUCCGGUUUUGCUGUCGAAGCCCAGGUGACCGGCGAGGAAAAGGUUGGCGGCAUCCAGAUCGAGAUAAUCCCCGUCAAGCGCAACACCCCUACCCAGUUCGACGUUCGCUACGAGGACCGCGAGCAAAGGGUCGUCACACGCACCUUCAAGCUAGCUGACCGCGGCAUCACCGCCGAAAGCACGUGGGAAGACGUCAAAAAGGUCAUCCGCGAUGAGUUUGACAUUGCGCUCGGCGACCAAGUCCUCUCCGACCACAACGACAGUGCCGCCUCGGCUGUUGGAUCUCGCCACGCCUCCAUCAGUUUCGACAACGACGUCAAGCUUGGCGAUGUCUACUUCCCGCCCUACUUUUCAACUUUGUCUGUGAAGAAUCGGCCACCUCCAGCGCGCCGUGAUUUCCCUGUCGCCAGGACAGUCCCUUUCCAAAUCGUCACUCGUUAUGCUCAAUUUCACUUAUUCCUCCUUACUAACUGUUGCUCUCAGGUUUCAGUGCCGCUCCCGGUGUCGCUCACGCUUUCAUGGCAGACAUGCAGUAUGACUUGGCCCAAGGCUGUGGUGAAGGAGAUGGGAAUCGCCGCGGGUGGCCUCAUCACCCAGACCAUUAACCCAGACGCCUAUCCCGCCGACUCAUGGGAUUCUUCGGCAUCCAUCAUGCUGAACUUGCAAAUUCUCGAUGUAGCGUCUUACUCUGCCGUCACCGGGUUACCAGCACCCUCGACUCCCGUCAAUGGCGAAGAGUAUGCCCGCCACGGCUAUCCGUACUUUGAGAUAUGGAAUGAAGAAAAGACUGGAGUCAAGGGCGACUUUGAUGAAGUCAAGAGUGUGGCGCAGAUGGAGAAAGAGCGCGCCCUCGCCGAGGGCAGGGACGUGCCGCCCGAGGAAAAGAGCGUACCUGUGCGGAUUGUUAAGAUUGGGGGUCAGCCCCGGUGCUUCAAGACAACCUUCCGCCCGCUCGAGGUGCUGACCAAGGAGCUGGAGGGGUUGGCGAUUGGGCCUCACGACGACAGCGAUCUGUGA